AUGUCGGACCCAAAUCACAACAGCAAUGACGAGGUCAACGACGACAACAUUGCUCGUCCAUCCUCAUUAGCAAAUGGCGCCAUUCGUGAGGAGGACCAAGAACAAGCUAAGUCACAGUCCGAUCCUGCUCCCAGAAACCGAGUAGCUAGUGUCUCGUUCCGAGAACCCGACAUCACAUCCGACCAUGACUCUACUGCCAACACUUUCUUUGCAACGGAUCAUGACGAUGCCUCCCAGUCAGGCAGCGGUGGGCGUCAACGCAUACCAGCAGCAGGUAUCGGUACACGCACAGGGCCUCGUCGUGCUCCUCGAUCCAGUGCUUCUCUUCGCCAUGUCACCUCCAACCGUGCACCAACCUCGAGUCUCGCUCAGCCCGUACCCGAGGACCAAGACCUUGUCACAGACCCGAACUACGUCGAUGAUCCAACCACCAGCCUAGUCGCACGUCAAGUCAGAGUCGAGAAACGUAGAGCGGAACGUCAACGUCGUCAAGAUGCAGCCCUGCUUGCCGACUUUGACGACGACGACGACGACAAUCAGUACAGCGACGGGCACUAUGCAGACAUUGCAGAUGCAGCCGCGGCACGCAGAUCGCGCAACGCAGAGGCUGCAGCAGUAGCCGAUCAGUACGACUACUUCUCACGCAGCGGUUCUGCGUACGACAAAGGCAAAUCCAAGGCUUCCAUCCCACCCCCAGCCAACGCUGGUGGCGGCACACUCUAUUGGUCUAGCGCCAGUGCCAGCGAUGAUAGUGACGACUGGGAUGGCCAAGGUCAUACCUUAGCCGGCACAGCUUUAUCUCGCUCGCUUGCUCCUCUCGAUCACGCUGCACCUGCCAUCGACUCUGUUGCUGGCGUCACCGCCACACCCGGCCCCAGCUUUCCCGCCGAUCUCCAUACGCCUGCCGAUCUUGGCGAGCAUGAGACUCCGAUCCUCAACACAAAGCACCGCAUGGAAUGGCAGAGCAUGCUCGAGUCCGUGCUCAACUCGGAGGUGCUCAAAUCAGAGACCAAACGUAUCAACUCGGUCGACACGCCGGAUCUCUCACGUCAAGAGCUCAGCUAUCAGCGCUGGCUUGACAUCAAAGCCACAUUACGUGGGCAUGGUCUUCAACGUGGAGCAAUCGAUGAAGAGGAGAAGCGUCUCAAGGAAGGGUUCGGUAAAAUGCUCAAGGAUCUCGUGCAAGAGGUGCGCGAUUGCCGUGCUGAGCAGAUCACACAGGCUGAUAGACGCGCUACUCAGGGCUCCUCCUCUUCUGCCGACGCAUCACAAACGGCAAAAGCCGACAACAACGAGGCAGGCUCAUCAGCCAAAGAGACAUCCAACGACACUGAACACACCAAGUCAGACAAGGUCGAAUCAGAUGAUGCACCACCACCAGCAGCGCUGACAGACAAGGAGAUGGAGAAGGAAAAGGUCCUCACCGAGAUCCGCCACCUCCUCAGUCGAAUUGACAGUGCAGAGGAGCAAUUCCCUUCCACCAAGCGAGCCAUCGAGAUCGUGCCGGAGUGGGGGGACGCAGAGGUGCAGGCCAAGAUGGGCGUUCUCUACAGCUGGUACAGCACAACCACUGCCUUGCGUCUUCAGAUCGGCAUUCUUCGCAAAUGGACGGGAUCCGAGACGCUCGAGAUCGCCGCUCACGGUGCGCAGAAAUGGGACGAAGAGCGCGAGAAGAGCGACACCAAUGGUCAUACGCCUCGAGACCCGAACCGCUCCAAUCGACCAGCUCCCGACGAAGACAGCACAUUCGUCGAAAGGAUCCAAAAGGAAGGCUCACUUCAGUCCACCUUCGAGAAGCGCACGCUCGCCAGCUUGUACCAGCUCAUCACCAAGGCCAAGGAGACUAUCCUCAAGUAUCACAAGCAGUUCGACCGCUUGGCGCUUCCGUCGUUCGAGCCAGAGCUUGUGACGCUCAUCAACUUCCCCACAAGGCUAAUGCAAGGUGCUCUGCGACUGCGACUCGACUAUGCCGGCAAGCUCGCUGAGCCAAGUGUGCUUAUUGUCGACUCGUUGACAGAUGAUCUGCGAACAGCGCUAGCCAUGGCGUGCAGAGUCAAGCUUCACUACACCAGCAUCAUUGUCGCUGAUCCAGAGCGCGGCUGGGAUUUGGAGCCGUGCAUUGCUGAAGGAUACGAUCAAGUGCUGCGAAGUGCCCUCAAGUUUUUCUUCAAGCUGUUGCGUCUCAAGCUUAAGGCCAGCGUCUACUUCAAGGAGACCGAGAUUCUCGAGCCCGAGUGGCGCUUCCUCAGUACAGCCGUCGAGUCGAUCGAAGGAGGAGACAUCAUCGUGGCUACCAACAUCACCCGCUUCGUCAACAAGCUCUUCGAUCGUAUUGCACGCUACUUCAACCGUGAACUGACAGCAGCAAUGACGCAGCAGGAUCAGCACGGUCGACGCUUGCCAAACCCUGCUUCGGGUCCUGUUGGUCUCGCAAAGACUGACCAGGCACCGAAUCUCGGUACUGGCGCUGCUACCGGUCGCGAUUCUCACGGUAAGAGCUUCAUCACUCUCGAAGAUCGAGCUAAAUGGAUCCACAGCGUCUUCGACAACGUUCGUAUUCGAUCUCGCAAGCUCUUGGGUUUCGCUCGAGAUAUCCGAAAUCGACUCGACAAUGCAGCAGAGUACGAUCUCGGCACGCUCCGACCGUCAGCUGACUACCUCGAGGCGGAUGAUCGAUCCGUUGCCGAGUUCAGCGAUGCAACCAAUGCGGGAGGCAUGACGCUCAGCUCAUUCAUGCUCACGCUCAUCGACCACGACUACUUCUUGGUCUAUACGGAAGCGCUGGAGGAGAACGGUAUCUAUCUGAUCGCAGAGCCCAGCCUUCAGGACAAGCCGGACCUCAUUCAAGAGCUCGUCUGCAAGUGUCUGCACAGAGUACGUCCGGGAGAGGAGGAGUCAGCUAUGGCUGCUGAGGCUACUGCAAAUGUCUUGAACGCCGAUGGCGAUGACGGCGACGAGACGACUGCGGGUGGAGUUGGCAACACCAAUUCUCUCCGAGAUUCUAUCGAAAAGCAGACAGGUGCGCAUCAUGCAGCUGCUGCUGCCGGCAAUGCCAGCGCACUUGCUGAAGACGAUGCAGACGAGCGUCCUCGCUACAUUCUUCUUCUCAGUCCACGCGAUCCUUUCAUGUGGACUGGAAAAGUGAUGCAUCACGUCAUGCCUCGUGUCGAUAUUUCACUUGCAGACCGACGUGUUCGUCUCAUUGCUGAUGGUCCUAAGGGUCGUCUCGAGUUGGCCAGGAGACACUUCCAGCGCAUCUUUGCGCAUGCCAACACAGGCGAAGAGCCUGAUGAUGGUAGCGAAGAUGGUCAUGCGGCAUUCCCGCUCGAGACGCUGAACGAUCAUAUGGCUCACAUGAGCCGUGUCCAGUCCGGCCUGGAGGACAUCAACAAAGGUGUCUACAUGCUUUCCGAUACGAUCAUCCGCAAGGUGCCUGAAAUCCGUCGACGUCUGCGUGGACUUGGUGCGAGCGCUCGAGCAAGAAGCGGCACACCGCGUUCGUCGACAAGCGAGAACCCAGGAGGUCUGGGUGGAAACUGCGACGAGCUGAUCCAAAACUGUUACUCGAUGGCAGCAGAGCACGGACGUCGUGCGCUGCCCUUCAUCGAAUCAGCACGUCUGCGAGACCAGAUGACGUUAGCAUUGGGCCGUCUUGCCAUCGAUUGGGUUGCCUUCAUUUGUGACGACUGUGUUCCGAGCGAACGCAAGACAUUCAAGUGGGCCGUCACUGCGCUUGGCAACGCCAACCACAUCACAUCUGCAGAAAACAUCUUCCGUCUGAACGAGCAAGACUUUGCCCUGCUUCGAUCCAAAGUGGCCUCCUGUAUGGCAUUGCUCAUCUCGCAUUUUGACAUUCUCGGCGCCAGAAGCAGUGUUGCCAAAGCACAAGAGGAGAAAGAGGAGCUGGAACGCGAGAAAGCCGAACGUAAUCGCAUCACAGCCGGUGGAGCCGAUGCUGCCCAGAAGCUCUCGGAGGAUUUCCAAGCUCUGAAACUGCACGGCGCCAAUGGCGAACAACAGGAGCAGGCGCUCGUCGGUCCAGGGAUCGGCGCUCAAAUGCUCGUCAACAAACUCGACUCUGCUAUGCAAGCCACGGAAGAGCGAUGGAUCUCGAAAGUUCUCGAAUGGGAUGCUGCACGUAACGAGCUCGACACGGAACAGCGUCUCAUUGGCCGCGUCCUCGACGAUACACGCCUGGAAGAUCGCAGUCUGCAAUUCCUCGCCCAGUCAGCCUCGAAAAUCACCAUUCGUUGGCAACAGGGUCAGUUCAUCGGAGGAGGAACCUUUGGUACAGUCUACCUGGCGGUCAACCUCGACAGUGGUGGUCUUAUGGCUGUCAAAGAGAUUCGUUUCCAAGAUAUUUCCUCUACACCCAGCCUGUACCAGCAAAUCAAGGACGAGAUGGAGGUCAUGUCGAUGUUGAGUCAUCCCAACAUUGUCGAGUAUUACGGUAUCGAGGUGCAUCGUGAUCGAGUCUAUAUUUUCGAGGAGUAUUGUCAGGGUGGUUCUUUGGCUGCGUUGCUCGAACAUGGUCGUAUCGAAGACGAGACUGUGAUCCAAGUCUACACGCUUCAAAUGCUGGAAGGUCUGAUCUACCUCCAUUCGCAAGGCAUCAUCCACCGAGACAUCAAACCCGACAACAUCCUGUUGGACCACAUGGGUGUUUUGAAAUAUGUCGAUUUCGGAGCAGCCAAAAUCCUCGCCAAAAACAGUCGCACCAUCCAACGAUCGCGCAAAACCGGCGGUCUGAACAACAUCGGUAUGAUCACUCAAGGCGGCGAGGGUGGCAAACAAGGUGGACCUGCAGGAGCAAUGGCUUCUUUGCAAGGAACACCUAUGUACAUGUCACCUGAAGUCAUCAAAGGGAAUGCGGAUGUUCCACAAUCCGCUGCGGAUAUUUGGAGUUUGGGUUGCGUCGUGCUCGAGUUUGCGACUGGUAAACGACCUUGGAGCAACUUUGACAACGAAUGGGCGAUCAUGUUCCAUAUCGGAAUGGCUGAACAACAUCCCGCGCUACCGGAUCCAUCGCAGUUGUCGCCAAUGGGGAUUGAAUUCAUUCGCCAGUGUUUGACGAUUAACCCGAGACAGAGACCAACGGCGAUACAGUUGAAGGAAGAUCCUUGGAUGAGAAGUUUAAUCGAGGAAUUGGAUGCGGCGAAUGAGGCAGAGGCUGCGGCGGAGUUGGCUGGUGUAGGUGGGGUUGGAGUGGGGGGGUAUGAUGAUUUGGGGAGUUCGAGUGGAAGUAGUGUGACGAAUUCGUUGGAUGGUAGUCGCUAUCUUUCCACUCCAGGUGUCGGAGGUGGAGGCGGAGGUGGAGGCGGAGGUGGAGGAGUGUUUAAGAGUUUAGAUCGGAACGUAUCAUCAUUGAAUAGCACCCGAAGUAGAUGGAGUAGUAGCGAAACAUGGGCUGCUGGAUCAUCAAACUCUUCCGGUGGAACGGAAAUUACUACUCCAUACAACCCAAGUAUGAGUCUCCGAGCUAGCUUAGGGUUCAGGCAACAGCAGCAAGAAAAAGGUGAAAGGGAUUCAAAACAUUCCAAGGAAGAAGCUGUCGCUGGAGGAGACGAAGCGAUGCCAGACGAACCUGCCGAACACACCAGGCAAGCUUCAGAAGCAGAAACCAACGUGGAGAGGGAAAGACCACUUCACAUGCCCGGACAUCCAAAUCACUCUCACCCAGGAUCAUCGGCCAUCGUCGCCGACUAUCAAUAUCAAAAAGAAGAAGCUCAACGCUUGGCUAUGCUACGACACGAUUCAUCCUUUAGUACGCUCCCUGAUGAAUCCGACGUGUAA